GCCCCAUGGCCUGAGCUCCGCGGACACGACGCAUUACAUGUCGGGGAAGGGACUCUACGCAUUCAACACCACGAUCACAUGUGAUGCCGACCUCUGGAUGUCAGUCCAUGUUUCCUGGGGUCAUGUCAUGACUAGUGGGUAUGGCGGGGGAGCCCUCUCCGUCAGCACCUGGAAGCAAAACUUCGGCUUGCUUGGAGACUCCAGCUAUACAUUAGAACCGUGGUUCCUGACACCAGUGCCCGGACGACCAGCUCGUGGCACCCCUGAUGACCACUACAACAAGGCCCACACCGCCAUGCGCAAUGUUGUGGAGUGGUGCAUCGCUGUAAGCUUGUGCACAGCUGCUCAAGCAUCAUUGCUGCUUGUGCAGCUCUGCACGACAUUGCGUUGGCGGCACAUGAGCCUGUUCUCGAAGGAAACGAUGACGACACCGACGAUGCUGACUGCUGCCAGCAGCAGCUGAGCUACCACCACCACCACCACCACAACGGGAGCCAGCAGCAGCGCAACCGUGUAGUGAACCUGUUUCGAGAACUACAGGGCCUGCAUGCUUGAGCACCUGCGCAGAGUACGCCGCCGCCUGCAACGA